GAACAGAAACGUUGAUUUGUUUUUUUGUGAGCAAAACGAGCCGAUUAUUUUAUACCUCCCUUGCUGGACCAGGCUGUCGGUUCCUCGCUUUGAUGUCCACAGUUAAACCUACAGAACAGUUUUUGUUAGAAAUUAGAAUAGCCCGGAGGGCAUUUGGAGCAUGCAAUGAGUGCUUGAAUCACAACCUGUACUGAGGGGAAACGGGCUCUUUGUAAAACGGGGGGGAAGUCCGAUUUUAAGCCCAGAACGUAAGGCACCGCGGCUCAAUGCAGAUUGUGGAUUACUUUUUUUCCCUGCGUGAAAGAGAGAAAGCAAGGUGUUUUUUUUUUUUUUUUUUUUAUUAUUAUUUUCCAGGAGCUGAAAAGUAUUUGAUCGAUGAGAGAAGGGCUGUGCAGACCCCCCGCUGUCCUGUGAGAUUACUGUGGCACUCUUAAAGGAGAAGGCGAGACUCCGUCGGCAGCAGCAGCAGCAGCUCGGAACCGAGCCAUGAUUAGGACGCUUACAGACAGCUUCAGAGAAGAUGCACCUCGACCCCCGGUACCAGGGGAAGAAGGAGAGUCCUCAUGCCAGCGCAAGCUCGCCAUGAAAACCCAAAAGGCGAAGACAACCGUGGCACCCCUCUCCUCGGACGCGGCGCCGCGGAGGAACGAGGGUGAUCUCGGGGAGCCCGAAGGCAGCGCCUCCCCGGACUCCCCACUCUCUCGGUGGACAAAGUCGCUGCACUCGCUCCUGGGCGACCAGGACGGAGCCCACUUGUUCAGGAUCUUUUUGGAACGCGAGAAAUGCGUCGACACUUUGGAUUUCUGGUUCGCCUGCAACGGGUUCAGGCAAAUGGACCUCAAGGAAACCAAAACUCUACGAGUUGCCAAAGCUAUUUACAAGAGGUAUAUCGAGAACAACAGCAUCGUUGCCAAGCAGCUGAAACCCGCUACGAAAACCUACAUAAGGGAUAGUGUUAAGAAGCAACAGAUCGACUCUGCGAUGUUUGAUCAGGCGCAGACCGAGAUUCAGACAACGAUGGAGGAGAACGCGUACCAGAUGUUUUUGACCUCUGAUGUAUACCUCGACUACGUGCGGGCUGGGGGCGAGAACCCGGCGUGCCCGACCCUGAACGGGCCAGGGAGUCUGAAAGUCGUGUGUGGCUACUUGCCUACCCUGAACGAAGAGGAAGAGUGGACUUGCAACGAUUUCAAAGCCAAGGCGCUGGCAUCUAUGGUGGGACUAUCUUCAAAAUCGUUGCGGGCAACCGCUUCACUGAGAACUACGGAAGUCAUUGAAAAUGGUUACAGGUCCUAUAGACGCAAGGACCCUGUCAACCCCUACCAUGUCAAUUCUGGCCAUGUGUUUGCUCCUGUGACCAGUGCAAACGACAGUGAAAUAUCCAGCGACACAAUGACUGAUGAUUCCAUGUCCAUGACUGACAGCAGUGUAGAUGGGAUUCCUCCGUACAGACUGGGGAAGAAGCACUUACAGCGAGAGAUGCAGCGCAGUGUCAAGAUGAACGGCCAGGUCUCGCUGCCUCAUUUUCCUAGGACACACCGGCUGCCCAAGGAGAUGACUCCUGUGGACCCAGCCUGCUUCGCUGCGGAGCUCAUUGCCCGGCUGGAGAAGCUCAAGAGGGAGCAGGAAACCAUGAGCAGCCUGGAGGAGAGACUGCAGCAAAUCAAAGAGGAGGAGGAGAAAGAGGACACUGAGGUGCCAGCUGGGAGCGGGCAGGCUGCUCUGGAGGCAGCGCACUCCCAGCCUCACUCCGUGGCUCUGCUGCCAUCGUCGGGCAGCUGCGAGGAAGACCCCCAGGCUAUCCUGGACGAGCACUUGUCGAGGGUGCUGAAGACACCGGGGUGCCAAUCUCCGGGGGUGGUUCGCCACUCCCCCCGCUCCAAAUCCCCAGACCACCACCUCCCCUUGUACCGGGGCAGCAUGCCAUCGCUGCCGUACCCCCUGGGCUCCAAACCCUUCGUCGCCAAGCAGUCCACCAAACAUGUUCACCACCACUACAUCCACCACCACUCGGGGCCCAAGAGCAAGGAGCAGAUCGAGGUGGAGGCUGCCCAGCGGGUGCAGUGCCUGUGCCCGGGCAGCACGGACUUCUGCCCCUACCCCAAAUGCAGAAGCCACUUGAAAGACCAGUCCGCAGGGCAAGGGGAUCAGUACGGAUUUGGCAGUCGGUCUAACACGCUGUCGAAGAGGAGCUGCAAAGCCAACGAGAGCUCCACACUUCCCAAUGGGGAUGGGGGGGCGGGCUCCGGGCAGCUCCCCUCGGACGGGACGGACCGCUCCCACAGCGUCUGGCAGUGGAUGUUGGAGGGGGAGAGGCAGAGCAAGCAUAAAACACACAGCACUCAAGGUACGAAGAAGACGUACGGCUCCGACUCGAGAGGAGCCCCCGGGGAGAGGCCCAGUCGCCAGCACUUGUGGGGGAGCGGCGGUCACCAGCGGACACACCAGCCAGCCCACCCCUUCAUCCAGGACCCGGCUAUGCCCCCCCUGCCCCCUCCCAACACCCUGGCACAGCUGGAGGAGGCCUGCCGACGCCUGGAGGAGGUGUCCAAGCCAGCCAAACAGAGGUAUUCAGCAUCAAGCCUUCAGAGAGACAGGAGUCACCCAAGUACUUCACAAAGUGGAGUCCUGCCUUUAUCAAGUCCUGGACCUCAAACAGAAGAACACAAAGAACCAAAGAGAGCGCACAGUGGUCCCAGUGGCCAGGCCAGUGAGAUGGUGGUUACAUACUUUUUCUGUGGCGAGGAGAUCCCCUACCGGAGGAUGAUGAAGUCACACUGUCUGACGCUGGGGCACUUCAAGGAACAGCUCCGGAAAAAAGGAAAUUACAGGUACUACUUCAAGAAGGCCAGCAGUGAGUUUGACUGCGGGGCGGUUUUCGAGGAGAUCUGGGAGGACUGCACGGUCUUGCCCAUGUAUGAGGGCAAGAUUCUGGGGAAAGUGGAAAGAGUUGACUAAAGAGAAAGGACUUUUGAAGAUUCUUUAAGCUAAAGAGUAUAUCCAGGAGACCACACAUUUUGAAGGAAAAAUGAGCCAAUGAAGAAGUAGUAAUAAUAGGGACUGGAGUGGAUGUUGCCUGAGCAGCCUGACAGCAGCAGGGAUUGCAUUAAAGGUUCAUAAAGUUGGCGUGGAGAAAUAUAAAGAGCUCGGAACUGUGUAUAGCUGAAAAAAACAUGACCACCGAUUGGUUAUUGAGGACGCUGACCAUUGCAAAAAAGACUAUUGUAAAAAACACGGACUUCCUGAGGAAAAGGAAUUGACGGCUGUGGAACCGGACUGUGCGUCUGCCUUGUUGCUUUUUGGUUCAGUUGUUUUUAUAUAUAUAUAUAUAUAAACAAACAUUAUAUUAAUAAUAU